AUGUCCUUCACAAUUGGUCUUGAGCUUACAACCAAAGUUAAAUUUAAUGUUCAAAUUGUUUGUCAGAAUUAUUAUUAUUCUAAAUCAGAACAAUCACCUCAUUUUUUAAUAAAUUUUAAUAAUGAAAUGUGUGAUAUUCCCGAAAUUCAAUCCAUUACUUCUGAAUUAAUGUCAAUAUUAAAUCUUUGUUCUGCUGUACCAGGGAUCUUCGUGUUAGGAUUAUUUGGUUCAAUUUCUGACAAGAAAGGUCGUCGUAUAAUUCUUUUAUUAGCAGCUUUGGGAUUUGGAAUUAAUAGUUUAACUGUUAUUUUUGUGGGAAAUUUUUGGGAAUAUAUUGGUUCAAAUUAUUCGAAAUAUUUAAUGCUCGGUUGUUUAUUGGAUGGAUUCUCGGGUGGACUACUUUCAUUAUUUGCUACCAUUCAUGCAUAUGCUGCGGAUUGCUCGACUCCCAAACAAAGGAGUAUAAUAUUUGGAUGGAUUCAAGGUGUACUGUUUAUGGGUAUAGCUUUAGGUUCCGUUACAAGUGGAUUAAUAUUAGAAUCUACGGAUAAUAUUAUUUCAGUAUUCUACCUAUCCGUAAUUCUCUCCACAAUAUUCUUUUUAUUCGUUCUUUUCAUUUUACCUGAAUCAGUUUCAUUUGAUAAACGUUUAGAAAAUCACCCACAACAAUCACAACCACCAGCAAGAAAAAAAACAAAUUGGAAACAAUUUAUGAUUACUUAUUUUAUGUUAGUAUCAGCUGCUUUUGGGGUACAAAACGUAAUGUUUUUAUAUACUUCUUAUGUAUUCAAAUGGUCAUUAAUUGAACAAGAUGAAAAAGAAAAGAGGAAUGGAUUAUUAUAUGAUGUUUGGGUAAUUAGAUUUGGAUUAAUAAUUGAUAGUUUCGCUUUUCUUAUUUAUGGUUUAGCAACAAAUUCGAUAAUAUUUGUUACUGGAGGGAUUUUCGGUGCAUUUGGAAUCAUAGCAAAUUCUACUAUUAGAAGUGUACAAACCAAUUUAGUACCAUCUUCACAAGUUGGUCAAUUAUUAGGAGCAAUAAGUGUAGUAGAAACUAUUGCACGAAUUACUGCUCCAGCUAUAUUUAAUAGUAUGUAUAGUUAUUUGGUGGUAACGACUGCACCAAAUGUUGUUUGGUAUACAAUUUCUGGAAUGUUGUUUUUUGGAGUAAUUUUGAUGUUUUUAAUUGUACCAAAAAAAUAA